UGAAGAGGGUGAGGGGGUAUGGGUUUCCUAUUGACAUAUGGUGGCUCCUCAGAGUCUUCUUGUGUGAACUUUAGAUUACUCCACCCUACUUAGUCUAACAAAAUCAGGAAUGUCUACACCCAUACUUAAGGAUUAAGUAUUUAGGAGGAUGGCCUAUAACAGACAUGUGCUAGCAAAUGACAAAUCAGAAACAAUUGACAGACCCUUGGGCUGUACUAAGUCAAGCCUAAGAUAUCAUUGGUACAUGUGAGACAUAGGAAAGUGAUAUAAAACUGUCUAUAUAUUUUGCAUCACUUUCUCUCUCCAGCCUCUUUGACAGUGGAGAGGUGGCUGGCAGCAGCUUGCUGAGCGUGUCAGCAUCUUGGUGUGGUGGCUGCUAUUGUCCGGGUUUAGCAGUGAGUUUUCCUUGAUAUUGGAGGAAGCCUAGUAACCUAGUUCAGUGAGGCUCUUCUCUGAGAUCUCUUGGAGUUUAGGAUGAAUUUUCUCUCCUUUACCUUCCAAACACUAUCCUCUUAGAGAAAGCCUCUAAUCUUCAAGGACCUCAUAGCCCACCUGGCACAGGCCGGGCAGAAGAAAUCCUAUACCUUUUCCCUCUCUCUUCUCCUUGAUUUCUUCCCUAUAUAUUGAUUAAACCACCAUAUAUUUCCAAACUGACUUGGGUACUUUAUUUGGGAUAACCAAAAAUCAAAUUUAGAUUAGGUCACAACCCUAAAUUAUCCUUAUACUUGGAACACAGGAGGAAGAGGCUUGCUCUUUUCUCUUCAGGGAGGCCUGCUCUUAUCUCCUCAGGAGAGGUUUGCUCUUUUCUCCUUGGAGAGUGAGGUGGCUAGCAGAGCAGCCUCUGUUUUUACAGAGUAAUUUGGCCCCAAAAGGCAGCUUUUCAAUUUCUUUGGGGUGUCAGUAAGCAAAUCAAGCAAAAUAUCUAUGUAGGAGAUCUGAUCGAGGUGGCCUGAUGUUAUCUACCACCUUUCUCUGGACCACAUAGGUCACAGAGAGAUUUGUAGUCCUCUCUGGAGGCCAUUUAACCCCAAAUGUGGGCCACUGCAACUCACACAAGGUGUGGAGUGUACCAGGGGAAACUCAAAAGAAUGCAUGUUAGUGGGGGUUGGGGGUGAUGGGGAUCGGUGAGAUGGGACUGCUGGUGAAAGCCGGUGAUGUGACAGCACCCCCCGUGGUAGGCCCGACUUGGCGUGACCUGGGCAGCAGACUCUGCAACGCAAAGAGAUGAGGGGGUCAAAGUCAUCAAGCAGCACCAUGCAGGUGAGCUUUGUUUGCCAGCUCUGCAGUCAGCCCCUGAAACUGGACACAUCCUUCAAGAUCCUAGACCAGGUCACCAUCCAGGAGCUCACAGCUCCACUACCCACCACAGCUCAGACAAAGCCUAGAGAAACCCAGGAGGAAGAAACUAACUCAGAAAAGGAGCUAUUUGCUGAAACUUGGCAGGAUGGUGUCUCCCGCAGAUACAUCCCCCCAGCCAGGUGCCUAUUAUGCCUCAGCUCCUGUUCCGUACUAGAGGUCACUGGAGAUCUUUUUGAUAUCAUGUCAGGUCAGACAGAUGUGGCUCACCCUUUGUGUGAGGAAUGUACAGAUACUUUGUUGGAUCAACUGGACACCCAGCUCAACAUCACAGAAAAUGAAUGUCAGAACUACAAAUGCUGUUUGGAGAUCUUGGAGCAAAUGAAUGAAGAUGAGGAGGAGAAGUUGAAGAUGGAAUUAAAGGAGCUGGCACUUGAGGAAGAAAGGCUGAUCCAGGAACUGGAAGGUAUAGAAAAGAACCACAAAAUUGUGGCAGAAGAUCUUGAGAAAGUCCAGGCAGAGACUGAGCAGCUAGAUCAGGAGGAAGCUCAAUACCAGAGGGAAUAUAGUGAGUUUAAACAAGAGUUGGAGCUAGAUGAUGAGCUAAAGAGUAUGGACAACCAGACGUGUUAUGCCCAGAUCCAACUAGACAAGCUGAAGAAAACAAAUGUUUUUAAUGCAACAUUCCACAUCUGGCAUAGGGGACAGUGUGGUACAAUUAAUAACUUUAGGCUGGGGCAGCUUCCUAGUGUCCCUGUGGAAUGGAAUGAGAUCAACGCUGCGUGGGGGCAGACAGUAUUGCUGCUCCAUGCCCUGGCCAAUAAAAUGGGCCUGAAAUUUCAGAGGUAUAGCCUUGUUCCUUAUGGAAAUCAUUCCUAUUUGGUGUCUCUCACAGACAAAUCCAAGGAGCUGCCAUUAUACUGUUCUGGGGGCUUGCAGUUUUUCUGGGACAACAAGUUUGACCAUGCAAUGGUACUGGAUUGUGUGCAGCAGUUCAAAGAAGAAGUGGAGAAGGGAGAGACGUUUCUUCUUCCUUACAGGAUGGAUGUGGAGAAAGGUCAGAUUGAAGACACAGGAGGCAGUGGUGGCUCCUAUUCCAUCAAAACCCAGUUCAACUCCGAGGAGCAGUGGACAAAGGCACUCAAGUUUAUGCUGACAAAUCUGAAGUGGGGACUUGCUUGGGUGUCCUCACAAUUUUAUAACAAAUGACAUUUCUUUUUUUUCUCCAUGAGGGUGAGGGAAUCUUUUGCCUUAAUGGCUUUAGAACAUAUUUUGUUCGCAGAAAUGUUAUAAAUUAAGUUCAUUUAAUAUUAAACAGUACAUGUUUACAGUACCAAAAAAGAAAAUCCACAAAGCCACUUUAUUUUAAAAGAAUAACAUUCUAUUGGAAGUAGUGUUCAGAGCAGUAACAUAACAUAUAUAACUCUCCCAGCCCGUUUGACAACUUUAUACUCUUCUUUAAAACAGAAAAUAAGGUUGCCUUUUUAAAAAGUGAGUUUUGUGUGGGUUUCUCUCCUAACUUUAUGCAUAUUCAAUAUAGUUUUUU